CGCCUGCCCAACCGCACCUCAAGAGACUUGUGGUCUAUCUCAGCAGAUCUACUGCGCGCUCGACCGCCUCUUCUCGAACCUGCGUGUCUCUGGGGCAUGCAACUUGGCCAGGCGAACUCGGGCUCGCGCGAUGCGCAUCUAACGUGACGAGCGUGGGAUGGAAGGGACAGCAAGACGAAGGACGAGGAGGGGCGGCAGAUUGAAUGACGAAUACGAGGAGAGGGAUGACCAUAGCAAGGGUGCGCACAACAGCUUUUCCCUAGUGCUGCCCGUGCGCCCGUGCGACCCGGCAUAUCGACGAACAGUCAAUUCAUCGCGCCUACUCGCCACCGGCCAGUGUGCCUGCUCGUCUGGUUACCCGCAGCCUUUUGAUGGUCUGCUCACUCGUUCGCCGGCAUUUACCCACUCGCUCGCUCUGCCUAUCUACCUACUCGCCUGCCCCUUCCUCACUCAUAUGGAUGCCUUUUUGCCUGCCGCAUUGUUUGCCCUCCCGCCUGCCUCUUCGUUCGACUAGUACCCGGCACUUGUUGACCUCCUGAUCAUAGUUCUACUCUGUCUGCACAACCAUCUUCCCCCCCGUCACGUCCCCGCCACACUCCUCACGUCCAAAUCUACUCGUCCGCGCCCGCCUCCUGUCAUAUCCGAUACAACACUGCCUAAUCCGGUCCGUCUCGCCAUCCCGAAAAUGGAUGGCGACCGCUCGCCACCCUCCGCCCUCGACACUCUCCCUACCUCCCUCACGCCAUCUUCGACCGUCUACUCGCUCCCGAGUCCUGGCUUCUACCUGGCGUCUCUUCUCACUCCGUUCGUCGUCCCGUCGCAGUCUCACGUCCCCGCGCCCUGCCCACCAGCAGCCACGAUGCGCGACUGCAUCCCCGUCUCACACCGUCCGCCGCCUCAUCAGAGUUUGGACCCACACACGGCCACAUCGCACAGGUCUCCUGUCGCCCUCCCUGCCAACAUCUCACGUCCCCGCACCCCAUCCGCCAGCAGCCACA